AUGGACUGUAAACCAUAUCAUUUGAUCAAUCGAGCUGAACGUAUGGCUCUUAGACGUGCACAACAGCAUAUUAUUCAUCAAGCUGCUCUGGACAAUAUUUCUUUGCCAUUGAUUCAAAUGAAUAAAGUUCAAAAUGAUGAAAAAUUGGUUCACAGGAACAUUGAGACGAUUGAAGAUGUGCUUGAUACGGUAGAUCUCACUGAAUUUAAUCAACAACCAGAAAUAUUACCAACUACUAUAAUCGAUGGCGACUUUGUGUCCACGUCUUGUCCAAUUGUUGAUGAUGAUGCCAUUAGUGAAAACGAGUAUGAUGCAAAUAUUUCAGAUGAAACAAAUUAUAAAAAUUUCUUUUUUGAUUCUGAAACACCAUUACUUUCACCUUCUUCUACAGAAUUAGCAGUUCUCUUAUCUUAUUUUCGUCAUCGACAUAAAAUUACCAAAUCAUGUUUAACAGAUUUAUGUAAACUUUUGAGACGAUUAGGUAUUAAAAACGCUCCAGUUGAUUGCAGAGCAAUCGGAAAAAUAUUGGCUAAAGAUGAAGAAAGUUCUGUUACAGGAAAAAUGUUUAUGAUAUGUUCCAAAUGUUACACCAAAGGUACUAAUCCAGAUAAAUGUGAAAAUAAAGCGUGCACCGAUUAUCAACAUUUUUCAAUAACUCCAACAUCACUUAUUACAUUUAAAUUAUUACCACAAAUAACUUCUAUUUUGGAAAGACAGCCUGUCGAUGCAUUUAUUUCUUCAUCUAGUAAUCAAUUAACUGAUAUUACUAACACAUCUGCCUACAAAUCUUUAAUGAUGACUGAACGAGCUAUUGAAAAGAAUAGGCAAAUAAUUACCCUAUUAUUAAAUACUGAUGGAAUACUUGUUAAACAAAUUAAUCGUUCAAUUUGGAUUAGUUGUGUUGUUAUCAACGAACUCCCUAGACGUGUUAGAUUUAAACAAGAAAAUAUGGUUAUUUGUUCAGUAUCUUUAGGAGAACAAAAACCAAAAAAAGAAGCAUUUCAGUUGAUGAUUAGGGAUUGGGUCAACGAACUGGUUCAGUUAGAACAUGGAUUUUAUAUUUCACCUCCUCAUUUACGAAAACAAUUGAUUAAAGUGCAUGCUUAUUUACUAGCUGGUACAAUGGAUAAACCAGCACUUGCUUUGCUCUCGAACUUGAACGAUCCAACAGGCUUUUAUAGCUGCUCCCAUUGUAAAUCAGUGCCUACUCGAAAUGGUACAGUUAGAACCUUCAUUCGGCAGAAAUCUGAAAUUAUUCAUCUGCGAGACAACGAUUUAUAUGACAUACAUAUAAAAAAUCUUUCCGAUCGUCAUUAUUCCAAAGCUGUACCACGUGAAAAUGAUCUUUCUUGUGGUCAAAUGGGAAGUUGCUCUUUAAGACAACUAAAAUAUUUUCAGAUAGGCAAAUCAUUUUGCUCUGAUUCAUUACAUAACAUUUAUUCAGGCGUAUUCAGACGCCUUCUUACCUGUUGGUUUAAAUCUCGAGGAAAAAUAUACUCCAUUCACAAAUCAUUAUUUUCAAUAGAGAAAAUAUUGGACUCGAUGAAAUUCCCGUCAACUACGUAUCGUAUACCAUCUCGAUUAAGACAUUGGUCUACUUUCAAAGCAAAUGAGUAUCGUAUAACACUUCUGUUUGGUUAUAUGUAUGUUGAUCUAUUUUUUUAUAUAGUUGAAGAAAAUCCAUAUUGA